GGACUGGCGAAAAUUUUAAGGAUUCUAGCAGUUCGAGCAGUUUUGCUCCACCACGAUAACCUCCCUCAACUUGGAGCGUAACAGCGUUGGAGAAGCACUUUUGGAUGUGUAUGCGUGCCUGCGUUGGUAUUCCGUCUAAAAGUGCUAUUACUGUAGUUGUUGUUUUUGCUACUAUUAUUGGCGGCAACGGUUGAAGCAGUACAACCAGUGGAUUUUACAGUGGUGUGCUCUCCGCGGCUGCCGCCGUCCUCCCAGUCAUCGCCGUCUGCGUUUUGCUCCUCCGUCUUGGAUACUUGCCGAUGGUCAAAAUAGAAAUGUCAGUUAUGUUGAAGGUUUUUGCAAGAAUAGAUGCUGUUGGUGAAGUUUUUUUGCAUUGUUGUUAAAAUAUAAACAAAAUAACAAUAAACGAGUGUGUGAUAUUAUUUUAAUUAAAUCCAUCGAUUUGAAUAAUGACAUAAUAAAAUAAAUUUGAAUUCAGAUGGGUACCUCCGAGAAACUCUGACUGGCUUCACCUCCAAAUCUUCUUCCUAAAAAGAUCGAUACGCGAAUGGUUUCAAAUUCUCUUUCGUUUGGUGACAAUAGCAAAAAAUGCGUGAGUGAACUCUGGCGGUGCAAUAAACCACGUCUUGACCAUUUACCACCAGCGUGAACAUCUAAAUCGCGGCAUCCAUCUAAACGUGGAUGUAACCGUUUUUUUUUUCUAGAUUUUAUUUAUGGCUUCUAUAUGAAUAAUAAUCCGAAUUUAUGUGAUUUAUUAAUGUGCUUCGUGAAAAUAUAAAACUAGUGAUUUAUUGUACAUACACUGCUACAAAUGUCCAAUUGGUUUUGUGCUGAGAGUGCAUAGAAUUAGUGCAGAUUGAGCCGAUAGAAAGACGGUAAUUGCAUCUUCCAGUUGGAAUUUCGGGUGAAUUUGGCGCGUUUUCUCACUGAGGUGCAAUAAAAAUUAUAUAUGCUACCACCAUAAAGAAGGCAACUGUUGGGCAGCACGCAGAGGGAAGCCAGAGGCUAUCCAGUGCUUCAAAACGAACUCGGCUGGAAAAUACCACUCUAUGCACUAAGAAAGCACUUCCAGAAGAAAAACAUUCAAAUACCCAAUGAAUGAGCAAGAAAUUAUCUCCAAAAUUAAUGAAUGGAUUCCAUCUUGUGCAGAGGAGAAUAGCCAGCAUCUCAUCUCUUCGGAUUCCGAUCCCAUUCCAUCCUAUCCUCAUCUGGUCGUCGUCUUAUCCAACUGAUAAAAAGCUUAUAUUAUUAUUGUGUAUUUUGUGAAUAAAUUAUUUCUUGCCGGAAAAACGUGAAGUGAAUGAGACAGUUUUAGUGGUGCUUUGAGAUAAUAAUACAUACAUAAUACGACAAUGAUUUGAAUUUGUGCGGUUUGAGUUUGUGUGGAUUUCAAUGUGAAUAAUGCCCAAACGAUCACGAUACUGCAUAAUUAAAUUUGUGAUAAAAGAUAAUAGUAAAGAGGCAGGAACUCAACAGUUCUAAUAAAGGAAACAUACGGAGGAAGAGCUGACAUUCUGGUGGAACGUGUUUGAAAAGACAAACAUCCAAAUGGGACCACAAUGAUGGAUCGUAUUCCAUCACUUUCCCUAUCCGGCAUAUCACUAACACAUCCGCUAUCGAUAUCAACCGGACCAAGUCUCACAAAUCACUUGUCCUCGCCCUCGCUCGCAGGAGGACAACAUCAUCACUCCGUCUCGCAGCAUCACAGUCACAACUUAAACUCGCUCAAUCUUCACCACCAACAAAAUCUCCAUUCGUCACAACCAUCAGCAACGAAUCCUGCAGUUGCUGCGCUCUCUGCUAUUUCCGCAUCUUCACCAUCAAUUUCGACUGUUUCAAUACCACAAUCGUCCGGAUCAAGUACGUCUUCAUCACUUCUGCAUCACUCACAUCACCACCACCAUCCCGCGUCAACGCAUCACUUAGCACAUAGCACAACUCACCAUUCAUCACAAAGUUCAUCACAAGCAGCAGCACCAAUGAGUAAUCUACACCAAAACAUGGGAUCUCUCAUGAAUGGCGGGAACAGUGCAAGUGAUGUCUUUUUUAGUUUGAUGAUACAAAAUACAACGAAACGGCAGGCCGAGGAACAUAUCAAACGACCGAUGAACGCAUUCAUGGUGUGGUCGAGACUGCAACGACGGAAGAUUGCUCAAGACAAUCCAAAGAUGCACAACUCGGAAAUAUCAAAGAGAUUAGGUGCCGAAUGGAAGCUAUUAACAGAAGAUGAAAAACGUCCAUUUAUUGAUGAAGCUAAACGAUUAAGGGCACUGCACAUGAAAGAGCACCCGGACUACAAAUAUCGUCCCAGGAGAAAGCCAAAAGCACUAAGACGUGACGGAUACCCUUAUCCUAUGCCAUAUCCUUCUGUGCCAGUUGAGGCUUUAAGAGCGGGUAUAACACCUGGUUACUUCGCGCCAGGACAUGCAUACCAUUUAGGCAGUCACCUCUCGCAGACGAGUCCGCCGACAUCACAGGCCUCAAUAGCCAGCCAAAUGGACGUCUCGAAAUUCGCCCUGGACCGGAGCUCAUAUCUAAGCUCUGCCGCGGGUAGUCUCUACGAUACAUCGAAAGCAGCCCAAGCAAGUGCAUAUAGUGCCUAUUUGGAUCCUACCGUCCUCACGAAAGCCUACUUUGACUCGAAAAUGUACCAGGAUCGUGCCGCCAACUAUGCAUUUGAUAUAUCGAAAAUUUACGGAGCUCAACAGCAGCAGCAGCAACAGAUGCACCAGCAACAGCAACAACACCACCAACACUUAUUGAACGGUAUUACGGGUCUAUCUAGUGCUAGUAACAUCAUUAACAACAAUAAUAAUAACAACAAUAGCUUGGACGAACGAGAAUCCACCCCACAACUAGAUGUCGCCAAUGGGCCAGGGGGCGGCGGAGCCGGUGGCAGUGCAGAUAACAAGGUCCAUCAUCCCCAUCAGCAGCCACAUGCGCAACAGCCACAGCAGCAGCUGGCCGGAACCGCGGACGGUCAAUUAGAUGCAAUUGGUUCUUAUGGCGGUUACUCACAAUACGGCCAAGGAGGCAGCACCGGUGACUUCCGACGGCCGUUAACGGUCAUUUUUUGACCAGACAAACACUAGGCACUUUUUUGAAGGAAAAUGGAUCCAUCUUACAUUUCGAUUCAUGUUCGUAAUUAUAAUUAAAAACGAUAAUUUAUUGUAAAUGUGAUAAAUUGGCAUAUUACUGGCGUCCAAAGGCCAACAAGUAUUUAUAGAAGCUACGAAUGCAAUAUCUCGUCCCAGCAGGAUACAAUGAAUGAGAGCAUCUCAAAGAUAAAUUGUUAAAACGUUAGACGAUUCAAAAAUAAGGUUUGGUUUGAAACGGUUUCGAGUGGCAAAACUAUUACUGCGUUUCUUAUAUGCACGCCAGCUUCCUGAAAUAGAAUAAACUCGGAGAUACAACAAAACCCCGAGGGUCUGUAAAGGGUCGGGCUGCCGGCAUAGCUACUCUGUGAACAUUUUGCUCCUCGAAAUGUCACGCGCAAUAAAAGCCAUUUUUAAGCACUGAUUCUUGUUAAAUAUGUAUUUUUUCUUUUACAACCUUCUCAUGAUAUAGUUCAUAUUCAACACAACUCAAAUGUGUGGUACUGUCAUCAUAGAUGAUCCCUCAGUUGUUUCCUUAUUUAUAAAGCUAGUUAUCGUUCAAUGUAUUACGACUAGGCAACGUAAGAACCAACCAGAAAAAAUUAUAGGAGCUAAGCGAUAUUGUAAAUGAACUUUAUGUUGGCAGACAGAAGAAAUGUAGGCUAAAUAGAAGAGAGUAUUUGAUAAACUAAAAUUAAAUUAAAAAGUAAAAAUAAACAUAAAAUAAACGUCAA